AUCAAGCUUUUAACCAAAGUUGUCAUUGCUGAACAUUUAUGAGGAAAAGACAAGAACAUUAAAACGAAUUUGCUUCACAAUCGAAUGGAGAAAUUCGGGGCCAAACUGAUGAAUAAUAAAGCGAAGGAAGAAACUCGCUACCGCUUGGGUUGUAGUAAUAAUUCGGAUACAAAACUGGAGACUCGCAUUUCAACGAAGUCGUACAUCGGCAUGUGAAAGGUGGAGCCAUGAGGAGAUAAAGAUUUGAAGGCUUUUGUGAGGGUACAUGUUAGCCAUGUAAAAAGCAACAAGGCAUGAAGAACCGAGAACCAAGGCACGCUGCUGCACCCACCAACCAUCUGCACCUGUAACCCUGACGCAGUUUCAGGGAGUGACGGCAUCCGAUCAUCAUCUUACGACUUUGUGACGCCGAGGUCGCUGCAAAGUGGUGUCGACUAGACAAUCCAGCUGCAGUAGAAGGUUGCAGAGUCGGUGUAUAUAAGAUCCGUGUUGCGAUGGACUCUGUGGUUCGACAUCGAUGCGCGGGAUCUAGAUUAGAUGGCUCCAAUGAAGAGUUUACUAUUUGUGACCGUGCUGGUCGCGACUGUGUCUGUGGUAGCUGCGGCUCGACGAUGUGGGGGUGAUGCUGUCGGAGUAGUUGGAGCAGGAGCCACGAUUGGCAUCUGCUAUGGGCGCGUUGCCAACAACCUCCCCUCCCCACGCGAAGUUGUGGAUCUACUGGGAAGCCGAGGCGUGACCGAUGUGAAGAUCUACGACGCAACAACCGACAUUGUCCAUGCCUUCGCAAACUCAGGCAUCACUCUUUCGGUUGCUAUUUCAAACCGAGGAGUUACUACCAUGGCCAACAGCCAGGACGCUGCAAACGAUUGGGUCCAGAGAUACGUCCGCCCCCACUCCCACAUCGGCUCUAUCGGGGUCGGUAACGAAUAUCUAAGCGACCAUGGGAACGACGCAUCAAAGCUCGUACCGGCCAUGCGCAACGUCCAACGCGCGCUGGAAUCCGUCGGCCUGGGUCACAUCAAAGUCUCCACGCCGUAUGCAUUCGGAUUGAUCUCCAGGUCCUAUCCACCAUCGGCGGGGGAAUUCGCCGACAAUGUCAAAUCCGUGACGCGCGAAGUACUGGAAUUCGUGCAAGAGAAGAAUUCCGUGUUCAUGGUCAACAUCUACCCCUUCUUCUCGUACAAGAACAACCCCCACGAAAUCAGUCUGGACUACGCGUUGUUCAACCCCAAUGCGCCGACAGUCUGGGACUCCGGGAGACAGUACCGCAAUCUCUUCGACGCCCAAGUGGACGCUGUCUACGCUGCAAUGGAUCGACUGGGAUACGGGGACACGAAGCUGAUGAUCACGGAGUCGGGCUGGCCAUCGAACGGGGGCGCAACCGGUGCCAACAACGACAACGCGAGGACAUACAACAACAAUCUGGUGAAGCAUGUGUUGCGGAAUGGCACGCCCAGGCGACCGAACGACAGAAUCAAGACGUUCAUUUUCGCGCUAUUUAACGAGAAUGAGAAGCACGGGGAACCCGAGGAGAGAAACUUCGGGCUGUACUACCCCGAUCGGAGGCCUGUAUACCACAUCGAUCUGUCGGUGAGCUCCUCCUCGGCAGCCGAUCGCAACGUCACUGUGUCGGUGACGGGUGACCGACCAGCGGACGCCAACUUUCGGUCGCAAGCAGUUGAGUGAUCGUUUUCAGUACUAGAAAAAUCUGUUUGGAUGAGCACUGACAAGAACAUGGAAAUGCUUCUUGAGUUUUUCGUAUAUUUCAUACUUUUGAGGAUUUUUUUUUUUUUUUUUUU